AUGCGCCACGUCAAAAUGGCCGCCUCAAUUCGUCAUGGCAGUACGAUGCUGCGCAGGAUAGCCAUGCAGGGCCCAACGUCCGCUCGAUGCUUCACCACAAGCACCACGAACCUUGCCGAUCGACGCGGGCCCAAGCCUGCGCCGCGCGUGAAUCCUCUCAUCGGCGGCAUUCAGUCAAAACCUCAAGAGCCCGCCGCGCCGGCGCCCGCCAAACCCGACAUCCAAUCCAUCCUCCGCCCGCCGCCUCCUCCUCCUCCCAAGUCUGCUUCCAACGCUGCAAAGCACUCCUCAUCUCCCUCCGACAACGCGCCCGCCCACACAUACUCGGCGACCAGCAAGGCGCUGCCGUUUGAGCUCGACGUGACGUCGAUCCUGUCGACCAAGGCCGCUGACUACGGCCGCUCGCUUCAGCAGGAGGAUCCCCUGACGCGGCCGCGCGUGCGCUCCGCCGCCGCUACCGGCCGCACCAUCUUUGUGCGUGCUGCCCAACCCGGGCCCAACUCGGCGCCCACGGUCCGCAGCGCGCUGGCCAUGCUCGGCCGCCUCGUAAAGAACCAGCACGUCAAGAACAAGUACCACUCGCAAAAGGCCCACGAGCGGCCCGGUCUGAAACGCAAGCGCCUCAGGAGCGAGCGCUGGCGCUCCCGGUUCAAGGACGGGUUCUGCGCGGCGUAUGCUCGCGUGCAUGAGCUGCGGAAGCAGGGGUGGUAA